AUGUUUCCCCCAACGGACAUUCCAGACAACAGUAAUAUGUACAAUAAUGCAAAUUCGUACGUCUUUCAAGUGUUUUCUGUUCAAAUAAAUGGCACUCAAAUACGUACACCGAUCUGUCAAUGCCAUUUGAAAACAUUUUGUCAUAUCGCAAGCUGUUCAAACGAUAAAAUAAUGGAAGUGGCUACCGUCACAACGUACAGAGGAAACGUUCUUAACUUGUAUCAGUUUUGGAUUUUUAUCGGGCUCUUGGCGACGUAUUGGUCUUCUUAUUUGAUUUCGAUUGUAUUAAUAAAUCCUAUUUGUCUCGACACUUUGGGAGACAAAUCUGCAGAGGAUUUCGGAAGACAACAAUGUUGGAGCUCGAUCGGAUGGGGUGUUUCUUCUAUAUUCAUCGGGUGGCUCGUGGAUGUAUUUAGUUUCAAUAAAAAGGAUAAAGAUUAUUCUCCCGUAUUUUACUGUGGUGCUUUAAUGAUGGCUUUGAAUUUAGGAGUAGUAAAAACAAUCAAAGUUGUUGAAACGAGCAAAUCCGAAGGACGGUGGAAAAACAUGGGUGGGCUGUUCACUAAAUAUUACAUGAUCACAUUUUGCAUAUGGUCAAUAUUCAACACACUUUUCCAUACAAUCGUCACUAACUUUCUGUUCUGGUACAUGGAAGAUAUGGUCUCUGCUAACAACGACCAUAGCCAACGGGCGUGGCUGAAAACGCUCCAAGGUCUAGCCCAGGGCAUCCAGUGUUUCGGCGGUGAGAUACCAUUUUUCUUCUGGUCCGGUUGGAUAAUCAGAAAGAUCGGUUACGGCAAUUGCAUGGCCAUAGUGAUGGGAUCCAUGGCCAUCAGGAUGUAUCUCUACACAGUUAUCUGGAAUCCAACGUGGGUCAUUGCGAUAGAAUUGCUGAACGGCGUGUCGUACGCUUUGGGAUAUUCGGUGAAAAUGUCAUACGCUAAAAAGGUGGCUCCUCCCGACACGCUAAACACCAUAAUUGGGUUUAUCGGAUUUUUUGACUGCAUUGGUACGUUACUUUUUAUUAACGGUACGAGAUAUAUUAUCGUAUAA